AUGUUAACGCCAGAAAACAAACAACGUUUGAAGCUGUUUCUCGACAAAAAGCUCCCGGAUUGUAGAUACGAUUGGGAAGAAUUUAAAGUGACUUUACAAGAAGCUGCUAAAAAUACCUUCGAUCAAAAGAAAACGGAAGCUAAAUNAGAAUUCUAUGCAGCUAUUAAUAAGAUUUAUGGUCCCCGGAGCAAAACAACUCACCCUGUUCGAUCAAAAGCUGGUGUCCUUCUUACUUCAUCUCCAGAGAUCAAAGAUCGUUGGGUAGAACAUUUCAGUGAGCUACUUAAUCAACCAACCGAUGUCGACGCAAGUCUCAUUGACGACAUCGAGCAACUCCCGAUGGAUGACUCGCUCGACCUCCCUAUAACCGAAGAAGAAGUUGACACAGCACUCAAAAAUACCAAACUUGGCAAAAGCCCCGGUCCUGAUGGUGUUCUGCCAGAAGUACUAGUACAUGGUGGUAAUACCCUAAAAGCCUUCCUGUUUGCAAUCAUCUCGAGGUUUUGGGUGACGGAAAAUUUGCCAUCGGAAAUCACGGAUCCAAACAUCACCAUUCUCUUCAAAAAGGGAGAUCGCAGUCAAUGCGGAAACUAUCGAGGGAUUUCUCUCUUAAGCGCCGUGGGAAAAGUCUUUGCUGACAUCCUCUUACAGAGACUCAAACGCAUAGCUGAUAAGAUUUAUCCCCAGUCCCAAUCCGGUUAUCGCGAAAACAGAAGUACCAUUGACGGAAUCUUUACCCUGAGACAACUAAUGGAGAAAACCAAAGAACAUCGUCAGAACUUGUACAUCGUUUUUGUCGACUUUACCAAGGCAUUCGAUACAGUAAACAGAGAAUUUUUGUUUAAAAUCUUGGGAAAACUUGGUUGUCCUCCAAAAUUUGUCAGACUGAUUCAAAGUCUCUACUCUCAAGUUCAUGCUCGUCUCAUUGUUAAUGGAGUCCUGACCGAACCSUUUGAAUAUAACAGCGGUGUGAAACAAGGCUGCAAGUUAGCACCUACAUUAUAUGGUAUCUAUGCUGCYGUACUUCUCUUACUUGCUUACAAAAGAACUGGUCACCAAUUCGCCAUAAAGAUCAGGUUUAGAUUUGACGGUGACCUCUUUGAUGUGAGGAGACUGAAAGCCAAAACUAAAACCUUUAUCGACUUCAUCAGAGAAGCGCAGUAUGCUGAUGACAUUGCAAUCCUUAGCGACUCAGCACUCGGACUGCAGACCUUGCUCACAGACUACAACAGCAUGGCAAAACGGAUGGGUCUUUCUAUAAACAUCAAAAAGACAGAAACCAUGUGCAUUGGUCCUGAAGAACAGUUCUUUAUCGAUGGCACGCCAAUCCAAAAUGUAAACCGCUUUAAGUAUCUCGGAAGUAUUGUUACCAGCGAUUGUUCUGUGAAUGCUGAGCUCAUCAUGCGUAUACAAGCUGUAUCAUCUGCAUACGGUCGGCUCCGUGAUCGUGUUUUUGACUCCCACGAUCUUACGCUCUCGACAAAGCUGAAAGUCUAUGUCCAAUGUUUGACGCCACUCCUGACAUACGGUUGUGAAACCUGGACACUGUAUCGACACAAUAUCAACCAGCUCCGUACUGUUCAACAACGUCAUUUGCGAAAGAUUCUUCGCAUCAAGUGGAACGACUAUGUGAGUAAUGAAGAGGUGUUACGGCGAGCAGAUGCUGAGGAUAUCGAGAUCACGCUUAUUAAGAGUCGUUUGCGCUGGCUUGGUCACGUGUCAAGAAUGGACAACAACCCCAGUGGGAAUUUGCUAGUUGCCGCGCUAAAAGGCGGCGACUGGGACGAGAUAGAUUGUGUCGCAGAGACAGUUGAUGAUGCUAAGCGUGUUGAGAUGCUUAAGCAGAAUGCAAAAAAGUCGGAUGCAAAUAGGUAUGGACAGUCAUUCGACGCAGUAUCACAGUUAAAAACGUUCUGUGAUGAGCGUGAUGCAUUGUACAUCUAUAAAAUGAACAACGAGGGAAUGUAUGGAGAGCCAUCGUAUGUUUUCAAAUGCUCAUCGAUUCAAGCUCAGCUUGCCUUGAGUAUGAAUUACGUAGAAGAUGGUCUGCUGAAAGAUCAGUAUUGCUAUGCCGAUGCRAAGCAUAACCGAUGUCUGGGUUUCAAAACCCUGACGCUGUGGGUAUAUCAUCCUGUUUUGAGAAAAAUAGUCAAACUUGCAACGAUGGAAAGCUCAAAAGAAGACACAGAUGCUGUUGUCAAGUUUUGGACUUUGCUAAAUGAAGUGUUGCAGAGAAUUGCUGGGAAAGAGACCUAUUUCAACCCCAUUGGUUGGGUUAUGGACGAAGCUGGUGCCUGGUGGAAUGGCGUGAAAAAAGUCUACGGGGAAGAUGCAUUAUCAAGAUGCAUCUCGUGCGAAUUCCACUACAAGCAGUCCGUGCGACGACAGUCAAACAAGCUUCCAGCAGGCGAUGUACGCAAACAGUUUGAAUUUCUAAGCUGUGCACUACUUGAAGCGAAUACCAUAAGUAUGUUUGAGAAACGCCGUGCCGAUCUAAAUAGUUUCCUUAAACAUGAAAAAAUGGAUGUUGCUGUCAAAUCUUGGCUGGAGUGGUGUAACGCAAGAAAGACACACAUCUUUCGAGCCUUUAAGGCCACGUCCAAAGUUCCGAGAAUGAAUUUAGCCGAAASGGGACACUCUACUUAA